AUGUCAUCUUCUGCUUGUAAACCAUUUUCAAAUAUAACAAAUAAACAUCGACAUCAACCACGAUUGUCGCGAAAACCUGUUCGUAAGAUCAGCCGUCGUGUACGAUCAUCAUCGCCAGUAUUGUCUCCGCUGCAAGUAAAAAAUGAAAAACUUUCAAAAAAAAAUUUAGAAUUAGAAGCAUUUCAAAUGUUUACAAAAAUAUAUGCAUGUCAACUGGAACCUUACCUAAAGCAAACAGCGAUUCGAAAAAUGCUAAAAGAACUGUGGUCACAUAAACUGAAAAAAUCAUCAAAAUUAGCGUUUAUUAAACAUU